AUGUCCGAGCCUUUGCUGUUUCAACUGGGCACGGAAACGCCUCUCGCUGCUGUGACGGUCAAUUGCCCGCAGGUGUGGUUGCUGACACGUUUGGCACACGCGAAAGGCUCCUUUCGUAUUGCUCGCAAACUGGGUCAGAAGGAAGUCACUGGUGUUGGAAAAGCUGGUCGGAAAAGUGCAGGUAAGUAGCU